CUUUGACCCUCUCUUUCUCCAACAACCCACACCCGACAAAAAAAAAUGUCUGAACACAGUGAACAAGACAUUGUGAUUGACGGUGAUGCCCCUUCACCCACCAAAGCUACCAUAACUACUGAAGCUACUCCACCUGUUGCCGACGAAUACAAAGACAUGGACGAAAUCGACACUGAUGAUCUAUUGAGCGAAGCAGAGAUCACGCUCAAACAACCCAAGAAAACGACAAGUAAACGAAAAGCCAAAACUGCGGCUAAUGGUACUAGUACUAGUACAACGACGCGUCGCAGUACGCGUAAAUCGUCAACAACAACAGCUAAUGAUAACGACGACAACGACGAAGGCAACACCACCACCACUAAACGUAAAUCAACACGUAAAGGCAAACAAGUCCUUAUACCACCACCGGCGUCUUUGCAAAAACAAGAAAAGCCGAAAAAGAAAAAACCAGCAGGCUACGAUCCAGAACGAUGCAAACAAUUAACUCAUGCCUACCCAGACACCUAUUGGCAAUUCCAUGCCGACACUGGCUACAGCAUGAUUAACACAAUCAACGACAACGCCUCGCUCGAAUCUGUUCCUUGCAACAUUAGCGAUCAAGCAGCCAUUACUUCAAUGACCCUAUCAGCCGACGGCACACUUUUAGCGACCUUUUCCAACAUUGGUGCGGUCAAGAUCUGGGACGUUGAAAAUGAUUUCAAGCUGGUGCGCAAGUUGCGGGAUGUCGAAGAACCGAAUAUCGAUGAGUUUUAUUGUGGCAAGUUUGCUUCGCCUACGAGCCAGGAGCUACUGGUCACCGGUGGCAAACUCAAGGAUCGACAUCGAUGGUCUUCGCAGGAUGAAGAUAAUCAUAUUUUGCCAUGUCCUAUCAAGAUUUUCAGCAUUGCAGAGAACAAGGUUUUGGCCAAGCUUGAAGGACAUAGUGAAGAAAUCCUGUGUAUCAAAUCGGUGACGUUUGACAAGGGCAAUUAUUACAUUUCAACAAGUCAGGAUGGAUACAUUAUCAAGUGGCAUGUGGCCGAUGACUGGACAACACUGAUAGAGUCGACGACAAUGGAGGACGGUGUGACAUGCAUGGCAUUCACCGUCUCAUUUUUACCCAACACCGGCAACAAAUAUUUCAUGGCAGCAUGUGACGAACAUUUGCGACUGUAUGAUUUUGAAGAGGCUCAGCUAUUACAAACGUUCGAGGACAUGUAUUCGUCGUAUUGUGAUUGUGGCAAAUUCAUCACUUGGUUGGACGAGGGUGCUGCUGGUACACCAAGCGGGGAAGCAGAAGGAGUAAAGAAAGAAGAAGAUAUCAAUGUGGACAAGAUGGAUGAAGAUCCAGCAGCACCCUACAGCUAUUUUAUUAGUCGUGGUGCUGAAAUGUGUGAUGUUGAUGACGGCGUGUCAUCUAUACCAAACACUUGUACAUUACACAAAUUGGUAUAUCCAACAGAACCCGCUGGCAAAUUCAAGCUUGAAAGUGUAAAGAAGUUCAAGCAUGAAGAUUACCACGCUAAUUCAUGGCUAGUGAAAAUCACAUCCAAUGGACGAUAUAUCCUUGCACCAACAAUUUAUGGUCAAAUCUUUGUAUUUAACAUACUCUCGGGUCAACUGGCGGCGAUUCUAAAGGAGCAUGAAGAUCUCGAAGUCCGUGAUGUGAUCUUCCAUCCUUACCGUCCGUUGAUAUUCUCUAGUGGUGACGACGGCUUCGUCAAAGUGUACACGUACAAGUCCUUAGAAGAAGAAGAAGAAGCGGACCUGGAUGUCGGCAUGUCGUCUUCAUGAAAGCACAAAGCAGCGGCAAGUAACUAAAACAGUCAAACGACACUCAAUGAUAGUACCCCUUCCACAUUCAUCCCCAUUUUUUUUAAUAAGAAAGAUUCACCGACAAUUCCAUCAUAUACACACACACUCACUCACUUAACAACAGCACGUGCAUAAUCAUAGAAAACAAAGAAAAAUAAUGAUAAUAGUAAUAAUAAAACUGUCUAACACCCG